AUGGAGAAAACUCCUCGCAACUUGGACUCGCUGACGUUAGUGAUGUCAACACGUGUAUCGUGCACGUCAGACGACAGCUGGAUCUGGAUUCAAACACCCAGGAAAACAGGCGACCCCAUUCCCCUGACAACCCAGUACGUGCUGGUGUCCAACCUCUGCCCUGAGUGCAAGACGGGAGACCUGGACCAGGAGAAGGCUGGAGAUGGCCGGUGGAAUAUUGAGUGGUACCCCGUGCAGGUGCCGGUGCUGAGCGUGCAGUGGUUCUUCUCGGGGACAUGGUACGACAUGAACAGGGUGGGCGACAACUACUUUGUCAUCCAGGCCAUCAAUGACCAGGCCCUCAUCCUGCCCGCCCAAGUCAAGAUCACCUCCAUCUUUGGAGACACCGUCAUUGACACCGUCGCCACCUCUUCGCCCACGGGGCGCGUGACCGGCAACGUGCAGUUCCCGGACAACCCUUCACUGCAGACCGUCCCAGAUCCCAACGCGGCACCUGUGGCGACUCCACCGCCGCCGACAGACGCCGCGGCCACGCCGCCCCCGACAGAUACGGCAGCACAACCGCCCCCGGACACUCCACAGGUCACGCCCCCUGCUGCACCAGUGGAAACCCCGGCUGCGCUGAUCACCCCUGCAGACACGCCCACCGAGACCCCCGUGGCAGAGCCAGCGGCGGUGCCGGUGCCCCCCGCUGCACCCCCCGCCGACCGAGGGGACUCGUCCGGUUCAAUGUGGGAUGCGGCAAAUCGGCAGAGCGAACACCUGACGCCCCAGCAGAUCGCCCAGCUAAAUCCCGGCAGCAAGCCACCUCAAGCCCCCGGCACCCCAGCUCCGCUGGACCCGUACGCGCAGUGCGGAGGCAUCAACAACGCGCCGCAGCCGGACCAGUCGGGCGACUUCGCAUGGAACACCACGGCCUGCCCCACCACGUGGACCUGCCUCAGCAACGCCAACCCCUGGUACUGGCAGUGCCUGCCCGUCCCGGAUGGAUUUGACACCAGCAGCCUGUCCAAGAAGCUGCCGCUGACGGUCAGCUUCGCCAAGGCGCUGAGCUCCGAGUCGUCCUGCACGCAUUAUGUCAUGCCCUACGGCCAGUGUGGCGGCUCCGCGGGGGGCUGCUACGGGGACCAGUGCGUGGAUGCUGUGUGGAGCAGCUCGUGCUGCGCCCCCAGCAUGAAGGGCGAGGCCUUCAGCUGCGCGCGCAACAGUGCCAUGCUUUGGACCUGCCUCCCAGACACCCUGAUCACCACCUCUUCCUACUCUGCCACAGUGCCCAAGGCGCGCAUCCCCUGCCAACUCAGCUCCUGCAAUGAUGCGAUUGGGGGGUCCAUGGGAAGCCCCACGGUGCUGGCAGCCAAGCAUGGGGCCAAAGCACAGGUCACCAAGUCCUUUGCCGCCUCUCUGGCGGCCAAGGCGCCCAAGAGGACCGUGCAGGUCAAGAGCCUCGCUGCCACCGCUACCAAGCCGACCAACCUGCAGUCCUUCCGCGCUGUCCUCCCCCACGGCUACAACGGCCUCUCUUUCGGCGCCAGCGCAGAUGUGAGCGGCAUCGGCGCUCCGGUGGACGGCAACCCAGGAGCUUCUGCUGAUGUCUCCGGCGGGGGACUCACUGACUCCACAGGGGGCAACUACGGAAUGAUCAGCAUUGAGGAUGCAGCGCCCAUUGCCAACUUCACAGCAGGCCAAAUCAGCAAGUACAUCAUCGAGAGCAUUUCCACAAGAGGCGCUGGAGCUGACUGCCUCAUCUGGGUGUCCGAAGGAGUCCAGUGCGGCGGCAAGGGCGGGACAUGCCACAGCGAGAGCUGCAUCGACCAGCAGUGGGAUGGAGCCUGCUGCCUGCACCCCCUCAACAACUGCCAGCGCUUCGAUGAGAACUUCUGGGAGUGCCGCACCGGAUCUACCUUUGUGUCAGCCGAGUAG